AUGGACGAAAAAGACUCUUCUUCCACGCAAAUCCCUCCGUCGGAGGAGACUCAGUCGCCGCCGCCCGAGCCCAAGGAUGAAAGCGUGCGAACGAUCCAUGGCUUCAAGUGGUUCUUGGUUUGUAUAUCUCUGUACGUCGGAUCAUUGAUCUAUGGCCUGGACACCACCAUUGCGGCCGACAUUCAGGCUGCUAUCAUCAAACGAUUUGACAAUGUGGACCAGCUGACCUGGGUCGGCACUGGAUUCCCCCUGGGCUCUGUGUGUGCUAUUCUGCCGGCUGCCGCUUUCUACGCUGUCUUUGACCUCAAGAUGCUCUUCAUCGCCAGUGUCGUCCUGUUCGAAGUCGGCUCCGUGCUCUGCGGUGCUGCUCCCAACAUGAACGCCCUGAUUGUAGGACGUGUUCUCGCUGGUCUGGGAGGAUCAGGAGUCUACAUCGGGUAUGAUACUGUUUCCUUGCAUGAUCGGGAAGCUUCCACUGAUUCAGUCUCAAGUAUCCUCAAUUACUUCUCUCUCUGUACCACCAACAAAGAGCGUGGUCGGUAUGUGUCGGGCAUCGGGCUUGUCUGGGGUGUCGGUGCUAUUUUGGGUCCUGUGGUUGGAGGCUCUUUUUCCGACAGCUCGGCUACCUGGCGUUGGUCAUUUUACAUCAAUUUGGUCAUCGCCGCCAUUUGUGCCCCGGUCUACGUCUUCUACCUACCCUCGGUUAAGCCGCCCGCAGCCUCAAACACCUCCAUCCUCAAGAGACUAGGAGCCAUGGACUGGAUAGGCUUCUUGCUGAGUUCCGGGACCGUGGUGUGCUUUGUCAUGGUGUUGACCUUUGGCGGAGCGGGAUGGGCCUGGGACGACGGGCGAUCCAUUGCAACCUGGGUGGUCUUCGGAAUUCUUCUAAUUGCCACAGUAGUACAGCAGAAGUUCAUGCUCUUGACAGACGAGGAACACCGGAUGUCACCUCCCGGCCACAUUCUCAAGAAUCGUUCGCAGAUUCUGUUCAACAUCCAGACCGCGGCAACGGUGGCGAACAUCUAUGUUCCGCUGUAUUACAUCCCGCUCUUUUUUCAGUUCGUGCAGGGAGACACGGCAGUUAAGGCUGCGGUGCGGUUGUUACCUUUCAUUCUGCUGCUGGUCUGCACCAACAUGACAUCCGGGGCCCUCUUGCCACGUAUUGGUUACUAUUGGGCUAUCUACGUCGUUACCGGUGUAUUGAUGACCGUUGGUGGCGCGCUUAUGUACACCGUCAAUAUCGAUACCAAGCCUGGCAAUAUAUACGGAUACAGCAUUCUCCUCGCUAUAGGCAGUGGCCUGACGUUCCAGGCAGGUUACACUCUGGCCGGUAUCAAGGUUUCCCUGAAAGGCUGGCCCGGGAAAGACAUUCAAAUGGCCGUUUCUCUCCAGAACAUCUCCCAAGUUGGCGGCACGCUGCUAUGUCUCUUGAUCUCGGGACAGAUCUUCCAGAGUCUCGCCUUCAGCAACUUGAAAACCGUUCUCGGACCCGAGGGAUACAGCGAUUCGGAAAUUCGUUCUGUUGUUGCCGGUACUCAGAGCUCUGUAUUUGAACAUCUCAACGAAGAGCUGGCCUAUGAGAGCACUAAGGCAAUUACUCAGGCGAUGAGCCGCGUGUACAGUAUCAGUAUUGCGGCCGGUGGGUUAUCGCUCAUUGCCGCCUUGUUGAUGAAGAAAGAACGCCUGUUCGGGAAGAAGUGA